AUGACAGAUUGUCCAAAUUGCAAACAGCAACUAGAUAUAGCUGGUUGGUGUAAAAUAUGCGAAGAGUAUUACUAUGGUGACUGCCCGAUUUGUAAAACAAAGCGGACUGGAGAGCUUUGGUGCCAACAUUGUGAGUCCCGUGCUUAUCGAAAAAAUUUUAGGAAAUGGACUAGUGGAAAUAAACACAUUGACUCACUAAUCCAGCAAAGUCAAAUUAAUGCUAAAGAAAAUUAUCAAGUGUGGGAAUGGAUCCCAUAUACCCAGUUCACUAAUAUUCGUUAUUUAGAUAAAGGUGGUUUUUCGACUGUCAUGUUGGCUACAUGGUUGGAUGGUCCGCGCGAUAUUUUUAAUCGAGAUACUCAAAGUGUAGAAAGACGUCCCAAUGAAGAAGUUAUUCUUAAAAUAUUACAUCAAUCGCAGAAUAUUAAUGCAGAGUUCUUGAAAGAGGCCUUGUUAAGAAAGUUCUUAAAUAUACAGCUUAGGUCAAAUUACGCAUGCAGAUUAGCAGGUGUUGGUUGGAUUCUCGGCAUAACUAAAGAACCAAACACAAAUGAAUUUGUUAUGGUGAUACGAUAUUAUGAAAAAGGUGACUUCCGAAAAUUUCUCAGACAAAACGCAGAGAAUUUAACUUGGCGUGAAAGAUUGCUCAUGCUCCAUUAUGUUGCUAGUGCGCUCAUUGAAAUACAUGAAGCUGGAUUUAUUCACCGCGAUCUGCACCCUGGAAAUAUUUAUCAACGAUACAAUACGCGGUAUAAUGUUCAUGUAUCAUACGUAGGUGACCUGGGACUCUGUACACCAGCUAACGAAUCCCCAAAAUCGUCAAGGAGAUACGGCGUUGUUCCAUAUGUUGCGCCCGAAAUUUUGAGAGGUGGUGUAUACACAGAUAAAUCGGAUAUAUAUAGUUUCGGUAUCAUCAUGGCAGAAUUAGCAUCAGGAAAUGCACCAUUUUCGAAUUUAAAACACGAUCAUUAUCUGGUACGUGAAAUUUUGAAAGGAGCCCGACCAGAGUUUCCAGAUGAAACACCAAAAUGUUAUGUAGAUUUGAUGAAACGUUGUUGGGAUGGCAAUCCUUUAAAUCGUCCUACAGCAAAAUUGCUGCUAAGCGAACUCAAUAAAUGGAUUAAAUUUUAUAAACCAGAAUCCUUGCCGUUAAAAACUUUAAACACUGAGUUGUCUUUUCAGAAUGAAUCAAACAAUGAAUGUAAACAAUUUUAUGAAGCAGAUAUAUCACAUCAUAACUUGCCAAGUUACAACUUUUCAAAGGAACUCUACAAAAGUAAAGAUAUAACAACUCUUGUUGAAAAUGUCGAAAGCAAUAAUUUUGAACUUUGUGAGGCAAAUAAUUUACAAGAAAAUAGAUCAAAUGAUGAACUCUGGGUUAGCACAGAUAUAACUUAUAUUAGUAAUAAAA